AUCAUAUUUGCAAUUGACCCUGAUUUCUCUUUCCAGUUACCACUUCCCACCCUCUCCCCCUGAAAAUGAAUUCAGUUACGAAACCACCAAUUUUCUCUCUCUAAAACCCUGCAAUUAUUCCUCCACUUUCUCUCUCUUUAAACCACAACAAACAAAUCUAUUAGGGUUUCGCACCAGAAGCCGACCUCCGUCCUCUACACUCGCACACAGAAAUAAAAUCAGAAAUUAAAAAAAAACCACAAAAAAAAGGCGCUUAAAUUUGUGCCCUGCACCCCCCCAAAAAGGAAAAAUACAUGCAAAACCCCAUUUUUCUCUGCUUCAAUACAAUGUGCUAGGGUUUAAUUUUUUUUUUUGGUGGUGCUCCUUUGAUGAAUUGUGAGAAUCUGCGCAGCCGAUAUCAGCACUGUAAUUUCAUGACUUGUGAAUGGAUUCUGGCAUUUUCGUUGCUGCGGCCGAUUGUUUGUCGUUUUUUGUAACCCUAGCAGCGACGAUUCUCUGCCUUCUUCUCGCGUUUGCUGUGAUUUUCCGGAAGCUGAAAUUGGAACCGGGCCCUUCGGAAUUGAAAAACCUAAAAAAGCCCUGUGAUUGUGCCUGCGCGUGCCAGGGCGGAGAAAUUGAUAACAGCGGCGAGGAUAUGACUGUGGUGUUAAGUGGUGGCGGUGGUGGUGGUGUUUGGGAGAACGGUGGGGAUAUGGCGGUGGAGAGGCAGCCAGGGGCGUCGAUGAUGGAGCAGUUGGUACCGGAGAUCACCACACAUGCCCUCAGUUACUUGGAUUACCCGAGCCUGUGUCGACUCUCGAUGACGAAUUCGCUCAUGAGGAAAGCCGCAAACGAUGAUAAUGCAUGGAAGGCGCUUUAUCAUAAGGAUUUCACCUUGGAGCAAGAUGCUUUGAACCCACCUAAUGGAUGGAAAGCUUAUUAUGCAGCUACAAGAGCUAUUGUUACUGUAAAUGCGGAGUUUUUUAGGAUUGUCAGAGAAAGGUUGCUUCAAGAAAUGGGUCAGUUUUGGCUUAAUGCAGAUUACGUGAAAUGCUUCCAUGCAACCGGCGAGUCGUUUAGUGGGUACAAUGCAGUGAUGGAGAGCUGGCAGCUGGCAUUUAACUGGGAGAAUGUAGCCGAUUUCCAAAUCAGAGAUGUGAGGACACGUGUGCUGUCGAAUAUGGCUUGGGUUACCAUGAAAGCCUACGUGGAUAUUGGAGCGGGCCCGUUUAAUAUGACUAACGUAUACGAGUUCCAUAACGGAAGAUGGUACAUGGUGCACCACCACAACUCUGCUUUGCUUACUAAUGGAGGCGAUCAACAACAUAUGCAGUGACGAAGAAAGAGAAAAAAAAAAUACAAUGUUUAUGAUGAAAAUGGGAAAGUGGUACAGUUUCGUAUAAGAUGCAUUUGGGAAUCUAUAUACUUCCUUUUUUUUUUCCGCAGUUUUUUUGAGAAUCGAGUGUAGUUCUUUGGCAGGAAGGAAGAUGUUGAAUUCUUGAUGCCUUGGUUUUUAGUUGACAGAAAUUCUAUGGUAAAGAAAAUACAUGCACAGACUCACAGUCAAGUGUUUGCUCUUUUGUCAAAUUGCCCCUUGUGCUU